CGCCCCGCUCCCGGCUGCCGGGCGGCCCCGCGGGCCGGCGCCCGCCCUUCGGCGCGCCGCCGGUGGCGAAGAGGUGGCGCUCCCGGCAUGCCCCACGUGGGGCGGGGCCGGGUGGCGCGGUGGCCGCCGGGAGCUGUAGUGCGGGGCGGGCGGCGGUCACGUGCCGCGCCCGGCAGUGGCCGCGCUGGGAGCGGAGGCGCCAAGAUGGCGGCGCUGCGGGGCGGAGCGGCGCCCGCCGUGGCCGUAGCCGGCGGUGCCGCGGCCGGGGCGGCUCCGCGGGGGUCGGCGGGCGGCGGAGCCCCGCGCGGGCCGCCCUUCCGCGCCGGCAGCCCCCUGCAGUGCUUUUCCCUCGAGGAGGAUGACCUGAACUUAACGUCGCUGGAUGCAGAAACCAUCUUGGAGGCCGAAGAGAUCCUGGGGACGAUGCAGAACUAUCUUGACUCCUCUGUGAUCUCCAUCAUUGAGGACCUCUCUCUGAGUGAGCAGAGCAAGGCCUGCCUGGAUGCGCAGAACGAGCUGUCCCUGCUGACCGCCAUCACUGAGAUCCUGGACAGCACGGAUGACGAGACCCUGUCUCCCUUCGACACCAUCAUGGAUGCAGAGCUGCUGACCUCACCUCGGGAGCGGGAGAAUCCUUCGUUUCAGAAGUUUCUCAGCUUAUCCCGUCCAUCACUGGAGUGUGAGAGCCCUGCCCUGGAGCAGCCCAAGGCUCUCAGGCCUCUCGGCAGCGGUGUCUCUGUGAUUGGGAAGACUGACACAGACCUGGCUUGGGACCGAGCUGCUCACAGCCUUGACGACGCGGCACUGAUGAAGAAGCAAGUCUGCAGCACCCCAAGGGUGGAGAGGAAGGUGGGCUGGCACCGAGCCCGAGAGCAGUCCCUGCCUCAGCGCAGUGAUGGGGAGGAAGAAGAGGAGGAAGCUGCCUUGAGCCUGGAGCUAGACAGCAGCAUGGAGGCUGGGGAGUUCUGUGUGAGCGGGGCUGGGGAGGUGCUGGGGGAGCGUGAAGACCCCUGCAUCAUCAACACGGGCGAUGUGUCCUUGAGUGAGCUGGUGAAGUCCAUGCACCCAUACUGCCUGCCCACCUUCACUGUGUGCCUGGACCCCGAGACUGAGCCCGUGGCCAAGGAGCUCCUGAGCGGUCCUGUCCUGCUGGAAAUUGUACCUGGUGAGGGGGAGAGUGUGGAGAUCCCUGUAGUCCUGCAGCCCUUGGCUCCCAGCUUCCCUGACCUGGAGCCCCAGCUCCUGGGAGCGGAGGAGAGUACCGGGGAGACAGUCCCAGAGGAUCAAGAGGAGCUGCUAGAAGCUCCAGCCCAGGAAAAUGGGACGGAAGAAGAGAAGGAGAAACUGCCUGGGAAGGAACCCUCCUGCACUACCCCAGGGGUCACAUCCCCACCGGAGGCAGCAGCACCCGGAGCCUGGAGCCCUGACAGCAGCUCCCAGCACAGCACGGAGGCCCCGGCUGGUGGCAAACACGAGGGUUCUGAGAAAGGACGUGGCCGUGAGAGAGCAAGGAAGAGUCGGAAAAAGAAAGCAGAGGAGGACCAAAGCAAGCAGGCCAGGCCAGGCAGGGACUGUGUGGCCCACCGGCUCCGCUCGGCCAGCUCCGGGCAGUCCCUGGGCCAGCCACCCACAGGCCGUCGACGGGCAGCAUGUCCCUCCAUCCAGGUUUCGGACUUCCUGGCGCGGCAGCUGGAGCGAGCCCAGAAGAAGGGGCAGAUGGAGCUGCGUGUGGAGCAGGUGCCGCGGCCCCGGGGCAGGCCCCGGAGCACGGCGGGGGCCUCCCUGCUCAAGAAAGCACAACAGGAGCUGCAGAAGGAGCUGGUGCCAGAAGCAGUGAGUGUGGCCCCGGAGAAGGCUGAGACUGCGGUGCCUCUGGAGAAGACCGUACCAAGCGCGGAGGAGCAGCCAACACCUGCGUGUCCAGACCCGGCAAACCAGGCGGAGGGCGGCAGAGAUGCACAGCCAGCCUCCAGGCAGGACGGUGGGGUCUUGGAGGCACUUUCUCCACUCCCGGAGCAAGGUGUGGGGCUGGAGCCCCCCCCGAGCCUGCCAGCAUCAGAGCCGAGUGAGGGCCUGCCCAGGGAAGCCAAGCCCAAGGCCCUGAGCCUGCGGGAAUACCGUAUGCGCAUGCUGCACCGCCAGCCCAGCCCAGGCAGCAGGAAGGACAGCAAGAAGCAAGCGGCCAGCAAGUGGCCCAGCGUCCCUGAGCCUCCGACAGAGCUGGCGGAGAUCCCCUGCCUGGUGUCAUCCAUGUGCCCUGCCACUGAGGCAGCCAGCACUCAGAAGAGCCUGGAGAAACCCACCAGCCCUGCUGUGGUCCCUUCUCCUGCUGGCAAAGCUCCUGCUGCUCUGGCUUCAGCUCCAGCGCCUGCCGUGGCUCCACCACCCCCGUCAACACCAAUGCCUUUUGUUGCACCAAAUGUGCCCCCAGCCACUGGGGCAGCCCCUGCCGGGAUGCCGCCAGCCUCUGCCGGUGCUUACGCCCUUUACCCACCAGUGCCUUCCUGGCCCUGCUUCAGCCCGCAGCCUGUGGGCUGCCAUGGUUUGCCCCCACCACCCAGUGCCGGCUCCUCCAGUACUUUUCACGUGGUGCCUGGCCUCCCGCCUCCAGCCAUGGCCUGGCCCCCACCUGCUGUGCCACCCCCACCUCCUUUUGGCCCCGGUGGUCCCUAUGCCCCGGUAGGGUGGGCACCACCAUCCUACUGGCCAGGAAUCCCCAUGCCACCUCCGGUGCCUCCCCUGGCCUAUGGGGACUCCGGAGCGGCACUGCAGGGUGCUGCCACCUUCACAGCUGGUGGCCACCCCGGCACGGCCCUCCUGCACGGGCAGCCUCCCGCUGCCCCCGCGCUUGGCUGCCUGGAGCCACCAGCCUUCCCCACGCAGCUGCCCACCGCCCUGGCCAGCGAGGUGGUGGCUGCAGGUGGCCCAGCCAGGCCAGUGACCAGCAGGGUGUCGGACCCCAGGAGGCAGGCACGGCUGGCGGGGGAGAGCUCUCUCCCCAAGGCCCCUCCAGCCCCGUUGGCUGCCGCUGCCCAGCCCAGCAGGGUCUCUCCUGCGGCACCAGCCCAGCACACGGCAGCACCCCAGGCUGCCCCCAGCCAGCCCCCUGAGGACCCCCAGGCUGAAAACCCCACGCAGCUUCCAAAGGGCCCCCCAGCUGCCAUCUGUUGUGCUGCAGAGGUGUCCCCUGAUGCUGGCCCUGUUGGGGAGUCCCCUGGCACCCACUCCACGGAGGAGGCCGCAGGGCCAGGCAAGGGAACAGUGGAGAAAGCCCUGCCGGAGCCCAAGGCAGCUGCCAGGCAGGAGCCACCCAGCCAACAAUCCACCCUCCGGGCUGCAGCACCACCACUGAAAGCGAGCCGAGAGAGCGGCCUGCCCAGCAAGGCCCCCACUGCACGGCCAUGGAGGCACCAGCUGCUCCGUAGCCCAGCACAGCCCAGUGACAACAGCAAGGACAUCGUGCAAGCCUUCAUCAGCGAGAUCGGGAUCGAAGCCACCGACCUGUCAAGCCUGCUGGAGCAGUUUGAGAAGUCUGAAGCCAAGAAGGAGGAGGCUCCUGUGCAGCCCCCUGAGGACAAGCGGCCAAUGGGGAGCUCUGGGCCCGAGACCCAACAGGACAGGAAGCCCCCGGAUGGCCUGCAGGCCUCUGAGCUGGCCAACGUGGCAGGCCUCACCCCCCCAGCGACGCCCCCCCACCAGCUCUGGAAGCCAUUGCCUGCUGUCUCGCUGCUGGCCAAGGCCAAGUCACCUGGGUCCACGCCCCAGGAAGGUCCCCAGAAGACGACCAAGCUGAUGAAAGCCAAGCCGCUGCUCCCGGGCAAGCUCCAGGGGAAGAGCCUGGCGCCAGCCCCCUCCAGCUCAGCCCCCAGCCACGUCUGCUCGGGAGACCACGACUACUGCAUCCCGGGUGCAGCGCGGCCGGAGAGCAACGGCAACCCUGGCACGCAGCCUCCUGCUGAAGGCGGCUCCCGCUGGAAUGUCAAACACCACCGGGAUAUCACUAUCAAACCCAUCUCCUCCUUAACCAAACGGACGCUGGACCAGUCCAAGCCCACCCCACCAGCCCCCACCGCCACCGUGGGGCCGAGCCAGGAGCCCCUGGGGAUGGCCUGCCUAGCCACCCUGGAUUAUCGGACUAGCGUCCCCAGCAAAGCCACCGCCAGGUGCAGCAGCCCCCCCACCUCGGUGCUCCUGUCUCCAGCUGCAUCACCCUGCCGGGACCAGGAGGUGCGGACUCCCAGUGCCCAGCCCAGCCACGCUGCUGCCAAGAGGUCCCUGCGCUGCUACCGGAGACCCCGGGACUCACCCAGCCCCUCUGCCAGCAGCUGGAGGGCUGGCCGGAGCCGUGCCAGCCGUUCUUUCAGCUCCAGUUCGGAUGGAGCUAGUGAAUCAUCAUCUUCAUCUUCAUCCUCCCGAUCUCGAUCGCGGUCAUUCUCCCCACCACCCAAGCGGUGGCGAAGGUACCGCUCGAGAUGUUCCCACAGCUCCUCCUCCCGCUCCAGCUGUGGGUCAUGUGGCAGGUCCCGGGACAGGUCCUCAUCCUCAUCAUCAACAUCCUCCUACUCAUCCAGAUCGACAUCCCGCAGCCAGUCCCACUCCCGCUCCCCCUCGCCCCGCAGGAGGAGUAACAGGCGGAGAAGGUACAGUUACGAUGCACAGGACCACUACCAAAGGCAGAGGAUUCUCCAGAAGGAACGUGCAAUAGAGGAGCGGCGAGUUGUGUUUAUUGGCAAGAUCCCCAGCAGGAUGACACGUUCGGAGCUGCGGCACCGCUUCUCUGUGUUUGGGGACAUCGAGGAGUGCACCCUGCACUUCCGCUCUGAGGGAGACAACUAUGGCUUUGUCACCUACCGCUAUGCCGAGGAAGCCUUUGCCGCCAUCGAGAGUGGGCACAAGCUGCGGCGCCCAGACGAGCAGCCCUUCGACCUGUGCUUCGGCGGCCGCCGGCAGUUCUGCAGGAGGAACUAUGCUGACUUGGACUCAAACCGGGAGGAUUUCGACCCAGCCCCUGUCAAGAGCAAGUUUGACUCCCUGGACUUCGACACGCUGCUGCGGCAGGCACAGCGCAGCCUGCGGAGGUAGCGGCAGGCAAGGCGGAACGCCCGCCCCCACUUUUAUACUCAAAUACAAAAGACAAAAAAAGUAUGGAGAGAGAGAGAGAGAGAGAGAUGGGGUUUUUAAGAAAAAGAAAAAGGAAAAAAAGAAAUUUGUUUUAUAACCAAUAUUUAAGGAGGACGGGUCAUUUGCCUUUGACCGGAGGGGCCCAGGCAAGUGGCAGCCCCAGGCUUGCCCCAGCCGUGUAAUAAAUCUGGAUGCCCAAACAGCA